GAUAACGCGCUGGUGUUGCGCUGUGAACAGCUGAGAAGCCAUUCGUAGUAGGUCUUAAAAGAUUUGCAACUAGAAGGAGGGCGCUGACUUUGCUAUCAAUUUGUCUCAUCAUGGGUUACCUGUGUCUUGCGGACGACGUGAACUUUAACAAAGAUCCUGAAACCGACCCAUCUCCGGAGAAGGCAAACGAGCCAAAAAGCGAUGUGGACGAUCUUCACCUGCCUAAUGAUGAAAAUGAGAUGGACAAUGAUGAAUCUGAUGAAUCGGAAGAUGAAGCAGAAACUGAAGAAUUUGGAGCACUCGAAAAAGCUGGAAAAGAAGACAAGGAGGUAUACGACCUUGACCUGCCUGAUGAUGAAAAUGAGAUGGACAGAGAUGAAUCUGAUGAAUCGGAAGAUGAGAAGAUGAAAGCUGGAAAAGAAGAAAAAGAAAACGAAGAGCUUAAUCCUAAGCGUAAGAUGAUGGAGGACUCGUCUGUUCAAGAUCCAAACAACAACAACAACAACAACAUUAAUUCCCGGAGUCGUCGUCGUCGCUUUAUUCGUCGGCGUAGCUUUAUUCGUCGGCGUAGCUUUGCACGUAGCCGUCGCUUUGUUCGUCGCCGUAGCUUUGCUUGUCGUCGUCGCUUUGUUCAUCGCCGUCGCUUCGUUCGUUACGCCCGCCGUCGACAUAGCUUCUGUCCCAGCCAUUGUCGCCGAGGUAUAAUGGAAUUACAGAAUGACCCUGGAAACAACAACAAUAAUAACAAUAACCACAAUGGACACUACAACUGCCAUAGAAGUUUCGAUGAGAGCGACCCAGCUAAUAACAACAACAACAACAACAACAAUAAUAAUAAAAAUAAUAACAACAAUAACUGGGGAAAUUGCUGCUGCUGCUAGUGGAAGGAUGUAUGAUUCAAUUGCAACCAAUCGCAUGUUGUAUUUGCACACUUUUUUUUAUCUUAUUUCCUUUUGAAAAAAAUGAAUCUUUGUUUUGUCCUGUUUGAUAAAUUUACUCUUUUAAAAACCUAUAAUCUAUAAUUAAACUCCCCGCUGUCCCUGAAAAUUCACUUAAAAAAUUGUCAUGUGUAUACGCUGUUCAUGAAGUCUUUUACCAUUUGAAUAUCUAAUAGUCCUGAUAUAACGUUAGGACUGGAAGUGUAUAGGCUUAAUCUUCUCAAUAAUGUCCUCUGCACGGAUCUUAUUUAUAGCCCCGGAUAUUAAUAAGUUGAGUUUUGUAAGCGUUAUGUGUAUCCGUUGAUUAUGCGAAUAAAUACAAAAAAA